CCCCUCUUCUCUCCGCUCCAGUUGCAUUGCAGCGGCAUGAGAUCAGUGUGAGCGGAGUGUGAGCGCUGCGGAUCGCUGGACGGAGCCCGGGAGACGCACAACACAGCCGGAGAGUGGAGGGGGGCUCUCUGCCCGGGGCCGGAGAGAUGGACGGCGGGAUGGAGAAGGACUGCAGCGCGCUGGGAGGACUCUUCCAGACCAUCAUGAACGAUAUGAAGGCUAGUUAUCCAACUUGGGAGGAUUUUAUUAGCAAAGCUAUAAAGCUGCAAUCACAGUUAAGAACAAUGACAAUCGUAACUGGAUCAUUUCUGGAUGCCUUUCAGAAAAUAGCGGAUAUGGCCAUUAACACCAGAGGAGCAACAAAAGAGAUUGGCUCAGCCCUUACUAGGAUGUGUAUGAGACAUCGCAACAUCGAGUCCCGGCUAAAGCAUCUGACAGCGGCCCUGAGUGACAGUCUAAUCAACCCUUUAGAGGGAAAAAUUGAAGAGUGGAAGAAGAUAGCUAGCCAGCUUGACAAGGACCAUGCUAAAGAGUACAAGAAGGCCCGGGCCGAGAUUAAGAAGAAAUCUUCCGACACAAUAAAGUUACAGAAGAAAGUAAAGAAAGGUAAAGACGAUGUGCGUCUGCAGCUGGACAGCGCUCUGCAGGAUAUGACCGAUAAGUACGUUCUUCUGGAAGAGACCGAGAAGAAAGCCGUGUCCAGAGCACUGGUAGAGGAACGAGGCCGCUUCUGUAUGUUCGUCUCCUUCCUAAAGCCCGUCCUGGAUGAAGAAAUCGGGAUGCUGGGAGAAAUUACUCAUUUACAAACCAUCCUAGAGGACCUGACAAGUCUGACAGCCGAACCAAAUAAACUGCCUCCAUUGAGUGAACAGGUGAUACACGAUCUGAAGAACUCCGAUUACAAUUUCAUUUACCAGACUCCGCCCGCCUCUCCAAGUGGAACCUUAUCACGGAAGACCAGCACCAACAGCUAUCUACAUGGAUCAAUGAGACACGUUCCAUCUAUGGACUCAAUCUCAAGCUCAAUAGAAGCUCUUCAUAUUCGUCCCCCCUCUUCCAUAAUGCUGGAGACCAUGUUCCAGGAUCCGAAGAUGAAUAGCAAUCUGCAGAUGUCUUCCUCUAAUAGUCCAAGUGAGGAGAUCGCAAAACCAAUCCAGACCAACGAUGGAUUUCGGCUUCCACCUCCCCAGGUCAUGGCUAAACCCAAGAUUCCACGGGACCAUCUAGCUUUGGCUUUAAGCCAAGGACUCAGCGCAGAUAUACAACUUAGCCGGGACUCUCUGCAUUGCUCGAGCGGAUACAGCACACAGACUACCACCCCGUCAUGUUCCGAUGACACCAUCCCCUCUCAUGCAAUAAAGAAGGAUCCCUCUCUUUUUGUUGCAGAUUACGAUUACAUCUCGUUACAUGGUGAACAAGAAGAGACAGAUCAAUUGGACUUCGACAAGUCAUCUACUAUUCCAAGAAACAGCGACAUAAGCCAGAAUUACAGAAGAAUGUUCCAAGCUAAGAGGCCUGCUUCUACUGUCAGUCUUCUAGCCGAGCCCGACCCCCUGGUUCGAUCGCCGUAUAUCGCCACCAUAAAGAGAAAACCCUCCAACAAGCCAACACUUAGAAGAGGAACCGUCAGUGGUGUUCCCAUUCCUAUCCGGACUCCUAUGGUGCCUGUUAAGACCCCAACAUUACCGGAUGCUCCAGUUAGCCCCUUUGGAGAGAGGACACACAGUGAAAGAUUUUCUUAUCUUCAGGAUCCAAGAUCAGAUCUUUCUCACGUCAGACAAGGUCUGUGUGGCUCGGCUCAAAGCCUCAAUGCUAUACAGAACGCGUAUUGUGCCUUCAUCCCCAAGCAAACGUACACCUAUUCUCAAAGUAUUAAUCUGCUGCCACAAAAUGCACAGAAGGUGUCUGAAAGCAAUACUGUCAGGGUAGAUAACACACCAGCCAAUGAAUCAAUAAACCUAAGUGCCCCACAGGAAGUAAGCAGCAUAGAAAAUUCGAUUCAUUCAAAUUCCGAGCUGGCUUCACCUCAGGACGAUAUGCUGUCAAUGAUCAAACGGGGAGUGAGGCUUAGAAAAACAAUUAGCAAUGAUCGGUCGGCACCUUUAAUGAAAUGAGACAUGGAUGGGCCCUACGCAUAACACUCGCCUUCGUUCUCUUUUUUUCUAAAGAGACAAUGUUCUUUUUUUCACCCCUAAAGACCUGAGUUCCCAUUGUUUAAUGUCAUCGGCUCAGCUAGAUGCCCUAAUUCAAAGUCUUGUUAGCGUUCACUCUGUAACUUCAUUUAACCUUUGGUUUUUUUGUUGUUGGGUUCUUUUAAACUUCUAUUUUAGUGCUAUGCAUUUUACAGUUCUUAUUUUGCAUUGGGUUGCUUUUAUUUUUCAGGCUGAAGCAAAGUGCCUUGACCUAUAAAGCAGUCUAUACAUGAUUCAUCUCCACAAACAUGGCUUCUGUUCAAGUGCUGGUCAUGUAAUGAUGCCAAAAGGUUUUGGUUAUACCACCAACUGGAGCUUCACAAGUAAUGUUAUAAUGGUCAAUUUUUAUACAGUCAGUCCUCAAUGCUUAAACCCUGGUUAUAUGUCUGCUGGACACUGAUACAUUGUCAAAGCCUGCAACGGUUUUGGUUCUCUUCGCUCUACCCGAUGACCAAUGCUUAAACUCUGUCAGUGGUAUUCCUUCCACUGCGGCAGAAGCUAUUGGGGCUUCCAACCAUAAAACAGACCCUAUGGUAUGAAGGUGGGAAAUCGUUAAAGAUAUAAAGGAUCACACGUGUAGCACGGUUUAAAACUACAUUGAGCUCUUUUUGCUUGGACUUUGUCUUUACAGUAAAUUGUAAUAUAGUUCUUCCUGACAGUUGUUGGCAUUCAAACAUGGCUCUCAGUAGCCCCAACUAAACUCACUGGUUUGUUGCAGUGCAUUAUGGUAAUUUUAAGUUUUAUCAACGCAUUUGGAAAAUGUGUUGCCAAAAUUAAUGACUAGAACAGUGCUGAAAGAAAACCUAUACUCCACCUGAAUCCACUAAACAGGGCUGUCCCCUAGAUACCAAGCAAUAUAUGGUGCCACUGGCCCUUUUGGAAAAAUCUCUAAUUUCCAGUUAUUAGGCAAUACCAACCAUUUGUACCUGAAUAAACCGUCACCAGGACAUGGCACAUUGGUUGCAGACCUAAACGUCUGCAAAUACAGACUUUAUAAAGUUGUUAUUUGCAUUAGAACUUUGUGGAGUCCAUUGAUGCCCUACAGAAAAGGACCUAACCUAAGGUUACCAUUUGGCACCUUAUGAGAUCUGGUAUUCGGGGGCAGCUUAGCUUUGCAGAUAAAGGCACAGUACAGGUGCUCUUUAAUUUUGGUUUUGAAAAAGUAUAAGUUUCUUGUAAAAUUGGGGUUAUUUUUGAUAACAGGUGGGCUUCCUUCACUAAAUAAGGUAAUAUAGAGCAAUAUUCAGAUUGGGAAGUCUCCUGAAAAUUGUCUACAUUUGGCAAGGUCAUGCCAUUUUGGGGUUUGGCAUUUUGAAAUUUACCACCGUAAUAAGGGAAAAGCUGAGCAGUUUUCGUAUAUGUUGUAAAGCAAAGACGGUGGAAUAAUGUAAAAAUUACAAAAACUAUGAUCUUAGAAUCUUGUUUCCUCCACCUGAAUGUGGCACCUUACCUCAAAUUAUAGUAGUGGUUCUCACCCAGCCAAUGGGUGACUAUUUAAAUUUAUGGAUGCCAAAGAUUACUUCCUUUAGUCACUGAUACAUUUGCUAUUGGACGAAAAAGAAUCAGCACUUUGAGGAACUGUCUCCCUCCUUAAACAGUUCAUAGUCUUAAGAUUAAAACAUUGAUCAUUUCAGUAGAGCAUGGUUGGCUUUCGGUGCUGGCCUUCCCUUUCUGUGUGAACCCUGGGGGAUUAUGUAAAGCUAAUAUAAAGCCAAGUUUAAGGUACUUAUAUUAGCAGCAUAUUCAUUUGUUUAAUAAAUGGUUUACAGGAUGUUUUAGUUAUAACCGAAAGGUCAGCCUUUACUAUAGGCUUUUUUCUAUAGAACAUUGGUGAUGGUUUAACCCAUGUGUAAAAUUGGUGGGAAGAUCAAGGGACUGAAUUUGCUAUUGAAACCCAACAGAGGUUACCAUUAAUGUUUAGAUUGCUGUAGAAGAAAGACAGCAGGACAGUUGAAAUUAAGAGUGCAUUUUUUGUCCCUCUAGUGUCAGAACACAAGACCCUUUGGGUGUAUUUAGCAAAGACUUUGCUAAAUUAUACUUUGUUGGAGUUGGAACCAUACCUGGAAAAGUAGGUGUUGGCGAGUUCUGGCCUGCUUCCACCUGCCAAGAGCUAGUUCUGAAAGCAGUGCCGAUCAAUGUUUUCCUAUAGUUGCUGAAUGUGUCAUAGAAUAGGUUUGGAGCGAGCAACUCCAAGAAUGGAUUUUAUGAUGUUAGUAGAUGGGUGAGAUAGUAAAAGGACUUUGCUGCAAUACCAUCUAAUGGUAACCAUGUACCCCCAGUAUAGGGAUAACCCAUUGGGGCCAGGUCCACUGAAAUGUGAUAUUCAGUUUUGCAUGUGUACUGGGAUGUUGAGUCACAUUUUGGCUUCCCAAAAAGCCAACUCAACUCCAGCAUGCUCGAUAACCCCACAAGAAUUUCUAAUUCCAUCCAUUUACUGUGGUCACUUGAGGUGAGGUCACAUCUUUGGUUGGGAUCUGCACCAUAAACUCUGGCUGUGAAAUCUCAUUGGAGUCUAAGAGAUCUAGAUCACUGCUGUCAUUUGUGUCAUCUUAAAUAUAUAUAUAUACACACAACAAAUAUAUAUAAAAUACAUGUUACAGCUUUGGGAGAAGUUUAAGAAAAGUGUAAAGUAAUGAGUGCUCCAAAAUUAACAAUGGGCAUCUAGCAUUCGGAAUUCUUUCCCAGUGCACACACUGAAUUCGUGCAGUUUUUGAAAUACAUCAAUUUAUCCAGAUUGUGAAAAUAUUAGAAGGCAAAAACUGCUAGUCAGACUGCCUUCACUGUGUUUUUAUCAGUUUGUAUUAAUCCCCCCAUGUGAUUUUGAGGACUCAAAGUAAACCCAUGCUAGAAUGUUUACAUAAAAGGACAGUAUCAGUCUUGAUGGGAUGGAUAAAGAAGUAAUUCUGAGGAUUGAAAUGCUUGCCUCUCUUGGAGAAAAUGUUCUUGGAGGCUCCUCCAGGGCUAAUCACAUCUAGAGGCCCCGUUAGAGGAACUACUGAAAGAGAAGGUUUAAAGGUCUUUGGGUUGAUCGGGAGGUCCACUUGGGUUGAUCGGGAGGUCCACUUGGGUUGAUCGGGAGGUCCACUUGGGUUGAUCGGGAGGUCCACUUGGGUUGAUCGGGAGGUCCACUUGGGUUGAUCGGGAGGUCCACUUGGUUGAUCUUUCUCUUCAGCAGAGACCACCUAACAAAACGGCCCAAGGGUAGCCAUAAACCACUUGAAUCUUGACUUGUUAGCCAACAAAAGAGAGAAAGAAAAAUCAGUUGAUUCCUCCAUACACAUUAACGCCAUCGAUGAAGAAAUCGCCAUUGUAUUCAGGCAGCCGUGGCUACUGCCGUUGCCGUAAAGUGACACUAUAUGUGAUGGGAUGUAGUCGCUCUUUAGUCGAAAAUUUUCCACCUGGCUAAACAAAUUUGACUUUUGGCGAACCAGGCGGUGUCAAUGGCCACAGCUUGAAAUACAACCGAUUCAGCAGGAAUUAAUUGAAAAUUUUAGCCGUCUAUGGGGAACUUAAGCCUUCAAAUGUGGUCAGCAUUGACGAGAACUUGGAGCACCAUUUUCUCCAGAAAAGAUAUGCAUCUCAGCCCUUAUUCUCCAUUCCUUAUUCAUCCCUCCUAGCUAGAAGUAUCAUUUCUAGAGAAUAGAUGCAUUUAAAGAUAUUGAUUUAAAAUAAGUCACAAUUUAAAAUGUUCCUUUAUUUUACAAUAGAAUGCAGAUAAAUAUAUAUGCAGACCUUACCCUACCUGAUCCUUCUUUUUUUCUUUUUUUUUUUUUUUUUUUUUAUUACUUUCAUAUGUGCCUGACUGUUGAGGCAUUGGGACCCUAUAAAGAUUCUUAUUUCCACAUUACAAAUUAGCUGCUAUUGCUUUAGGGUGAUGUUAUAUGGCCAGUUUAGGUGCAAAUAUUGGUUUUUACGCUUUACUAUUGUUUAUUUCCCGGCCAUGAAAAGCUUUAUUCCUAUUCUGACCUGAAACAAAAAAAGGAGCACACAUGCUCUCGCUGAUUCUGUUCCUUAUAAAUAUUUGUGUUUUUUUGUAUUGUUAAAUGAUUUUGAGAUAUAUUUUCUUUUAAAAUGUAUUGUAUUCUGUUCAAUCUCUCACUUUGUCUUUUACAUCAAUGUAAAUAUAUUUUAAGAUUUCUUUAUUACAGAUGUUGGGGAGUAUUCCCUGUACUAUUUUUUUUUUUUUGGUUAAAGGCAUUUUGCUCAGAUUAUUGUUGUAUAUUAUUUUUAUUAAGCUUGUUAAUAUGUAAAGCAGAACUCUGGCCAAGCACCAAUAUACACAGUUUACCGGCAUAUAUGUGAACUGUGGUACCUGCCAAAAUAAUUGUAAAUCUGUUCAGUUAGUCUUGUAGUUUACACCCACGACACCAUUUAAAGUGGGUGACACCUUUUUUCAGUAAUUUUAACUUUGCAGCUUCCUGUGUCGAGUCUCCAGGCCUGUACAUUGGCCUGUGAAUUGGCAUCACCACCCUGCCCCGGUGGUGCAACCCUGUGCUCUUCCCUGCUUAAACCCUCCGUUGUUAUUUUUUGAUGCACAGUGGAAGAUGGGAAGCUAAUAUAAAGACAGAAUGCAGGUAGUUAGAUUAGCAGUAUUUAAUAAAAAAAA